GCGGGGCGGGCUCGGCCCCGGCCCCGGCCCGCGGCGGCGGCGGCGGCAUGAAAGUGACCGUGUGCUUCGGGAGGACCCGGGUGGUGGUGCCGUGCGGCGACGGCCACAUGAAAGUUUUCAGCCUCGUCCAGCAGGCGGUGACCCGCUACCGGAAGGCCAUCGCCAAGGAUCCAAACUACUGGAUUCAGGUUCAUCGCCUGGAGCAUGGAGAUGGAGGAAUUCUCGACCUGGAUGACGUCCUCUGUGACGUGGCUGAUGACAAGGACAGACUGGUAGCGGUGUUUGAUGAGCAGGAUCCCCACCAUGGCGGUGACGGCACCAGCGCCAGCUCCACCGGGACCCAGAGUCCAGAGAUGUUUGGUAGUGAGCUUGGUACCAGCAACACCUCUGCCUUUCAGCCUUAUCAAGCAACAAGUGAAAUUGAGGUCACACCUUCUGUUCUUCGUGCAAAUAUGCCUCUUCAUGUUCGUCGAAGCAGUGACCCAGCUUUAAUUGGCCUCUCAACUUCUGUCAGUGAUAAUAAUUUUUCCUCUGAAGAGCCCUCAAGAAAAAACCCCACCCGGUGGUCAACCACAGCUGGCUUCCUCAAGCAGAACACCGCUGGGAGCCCCAAAGCCUGUGACAGGAAGAAAGAUGAAAACUACAGAAGCCUCCCACGGGAUACUAGUAACUGGUCUACCCAAUUUCAGAGAGACAAUGCCCGAUCAUCUCUGAGUGCCAGUCACCCCAUGGUGGACAAAUGGCUGGAGAAGCAAGAACAGGAUGAGGAUGGGGCAGAAGAAGACAGCAGCCGGGUGGAGCCCGUCGGACACGCUGACACUGGUUUGGAGAAUAUGCCCAACUUUUCUCUGGAUGCUAUGGUAAAGCUCGUCCAAGUCCCCAACGAUGGCGGGCCUCUGGGAAUCCAUGUAGUGCCUUUCAGUGCUCGAGGCGGCAGAACCCUGGGGUUAUUAGUAAAGCGGCUGGAGAAAGGUGGUAAAGCUGAACAAGAGAACCUUUUUCAUGAGAAUGAUUGCAUUGUCAGGAUUAAUGACGGCGACCUUCGGAAUCGAAGGUUUGAACAAGCACAGCAUAUGUUCCGCCAAGCCAUGCGUGCUCCCGUCAUUUGGUUCCAUGUGGUCCCCGCCGCCUGUAAAGAGCAGUACGAGCAGCUCUCCCGGAGCGAGCGGGGCAGCCCCUACUGCAGCCGCUCCAGCCCGGACAGCCAGUAUGCAGAGCCCAGGGCCGGGCCGCCCCGGGCACCCAGGCUGAGCCACCCACCCGAGCACCCAGCCCACGGGGCUCACCCUCCUCCUGCCAGGCCGCCCUCCGUGCCAGCCGGGGCCCCGCAGAACCUGGGCAGCGCCGGCGCCGGCGGCGGCUACAACACAAAGAAAGUGGGCAGGCGGCUCCACAUCCAGCUGAAGAAAGGAACGGAAGGCUUGGGAUUUAGCAUCACCUCACGAGAUGUGACCAUAGGUGGCUCCGCCCCAAUUUAUGUGAAGAACAUCCUCCCUCGGGGGGCUGCCAUCCAAGAUGGCAGACUGAAAGCAGGAGACCGGCUGAUAGAGGUGAAUGGAGUUGACUUAGCUGGCAGAUCUCAAGAAGAAGUUGUCUCCCUGCUUAGAAGCACCAAGAUGGAAGGAACCGUGAGCCUUCUGAUCUUUCGACAGGAGGACGCCUUCCACCCAAGGGAACUGAGUGCAGAGCCAAGCCAGAUGCAGGUUCCAAAAGAAACGAAACCGGAAGAGGAGGAUAUUGUUCUCACCCCCGAUGGCACCCGAGAGUUUCUGACAUUUGAAGUCCCGCUUAAUGAUUCAGGAUCUGCCGGUCUGGGUGUCAGUGUCAAAGGCAACCGAUCCAAAGAAAACCACGCAGAUUUGGGGAUCUUCGUCAAGUCCAUUAUUAACGGAGGAGCAGCAUCCAAAGACGGCCGGCUGCGGGUGAAUGACCAGCUGAUCGCCGUGAACGGGGAAUCGCUGUUGGGCAAGACCAACCAAGACGCCAUGGAGGCGCUGCGGAGGUCCAUGUCCACCGAGGGCAACAAGCGGGGCAUGAUCCAGCUCAUCGUGGCCCGGCGCGUCAGCAGGGGCAGCGAGCUAAAGUCACCGGGGAGCCCCCCUGGACCCGAGCUGCCCAUUGAAACAGUGUUGGAUGAUAGAGAGCGAAGAAUCUCCCAUUCCCUCUACAGUGGGAUCGAGGGGCUUGACGGAUCGCCCACGAGAAAUGCUGCCCUCAGUAGAAUAAUGGGUAAAUACCAGCUGUCCCCCACCGUGAACAUGCCCCACGACGACACGGUCAUCAUCGAAGACGACCGGCUGGCCGUGCUCCCUCCGCACCUUUCGGACCAGUCCUCCUCCAGCUCCCACGACGACGUGGGCUUCGUGGCCCCCGACGCGGGCUCCUGGGCCCAGGCUGCGGUCCUGGAGUCGGCCGAGUGCUCUUUGAGUCCAGAUGUUGACCCGGUUCUUGCUUUUCAACGGGAAGGAUUCGGACGGCAGAGUAUGUCAGAAAAACGCACAAAGCAAUUUUCAGAUGCCAGUCAAUUGGAUUUCGUUAAAACGCGAAAAUCAAAAAGCAUGGAUUUAGGUAUAGCUGAGGAGAGUAAACUCAAUACAGUGGAUGACCAGAAAGCAGGCUCCCCCAGCAGAGACGUGGGGCCUUCUCUGGGCCUGAAAAAGUCAAGCUCAUUAGAAAGUCUGCAGACGGCUGUCGCCGAGGUGACUCUGAACGGAGACAUCCCUUUCCACCGGCCACGGCCACGGAUCAUCAGAGGAAGAGGGUGCAACGAGAGCUUCCGAGCUGCCAUCGAUAAGUCUUACGAUAAACCAGCGGUCGACGACGACGACGAAGGCAUGGAGACUUUGGAAGAAGACACAGAGGAAAGUUCAAGAUCAGGAAGAGAAUCUGUAUCCACCGCCAGCGACCAGCCUUCUCAUUCUCUGGAGAGACAGAUGAAUGGGAACCAAGAGAAAGGGGACAAGACUGAUAGGAAAAAGGACAAAACUGGAAAAGAGAAGAAAAAAGACAGGGAGAAAGAAAAGGAUAAGAUGAAAGCUAAGAAGGGAAUGCUGAAAGGCUUGGGAGACAUGUUCAGGUUUGGCAAACAUCGGAAAGACGACAGGAUUGAGAAGCCCGGCAGGCUGAAGAUCCAAGACUCGUUCACCUCGGAAGAGGAGAGGAUGCGAAUGAAGCAGGAGCAGGACAGGAUCCAAGCCAAAACUCGAGAGUUGCGGGAGCGCCAGGCGCGCGAGCGUGACUAUGCUGAGAUCCAGGAUUUCCACCGGACGUUUGGCGUGGACGAUGAGCUGGUGUAUGGGGGAAUGUCUCCCUACGAAGGCUCCCGGGCGCUCAGCGCCCGACCCCAGAGCCCGCGAGAGGGGCACGUGAUGGAGGCUUUGUACGCCCAAGUGAAGAAGCCACGGAGUUCCCAAGCCGCACCUGCAGACAGCAACCGAUCAACUCCCAGCAACCAUGAUCGGAUACAGCGUCUGCGGCAAGAGUUUCAGCAAGCCAAGCAGGAUGAAGAUGUGGAGGAUCGGAGACGGACCUACAGCUUUGAACAACCCUGGCCCAGCUCCAGGCCGGCGGCGCAGAGCGGGCGGCACUCGGUGUCCGUGGAGGUCCAGGUGCAGCGGCAGCGGCAAGAGGAGCGGGAGAACUUCCAGCAGGCCCAGCGCCAGUACAGCUCACUACCCAGGCAAAGCAGGAAGAACACCGCCGCGGCGUCCCCGGAUUCCUGGGAACAGAGUUGCCCCCCGGGUGAAGGCUUCCAGAGUGCCAAGGAGAACCCCAGGUACUCCAGCUACCAGGGCUCCCGGAACGGCUACCUGGGCGGCCACGGCCUCAACGCCCGGGUCAUGCUGGAGACGCAGGAGCUGCUCCGGCAGGAGCAGAGGCGCAAGGAGCAGCAGAUGAAGAAGCCGCCCCCUCCCGAGGGCCCCGGCGCCUACGACGCCUACAAGAAGGCGCAGGAGCCCGGCUACGCCCCUCCCAAGGGACCCUUCCGGCAGGACGUGCCCCCGUCCCCUUCCCAGGUGGCCCGGCUGAGCAGACUGCAGACGCCCGAGAAGGGGCGGCCCUUCUACUCCUGAGCGGGGGCCGGGCCCGGGGGGGCGUGGGGGCUGCGUCUCUCCCGGCGUCCCCACGGCCCCACGGGGGAUCCCUGUCGUCGGUAUCAGUGCCUUUAAGCGGUGCGGCGGAGCGCGGGGCCUUGCUGUCUUUGCCACUGUGUCUCAGUCUGUUUCCCGGAAGGGGCCCCACCACUGACAAUCAGUCACCCGGGCCCCCGCAGGGCCGGCUCGGCCCCGGGCAUCGGGGCCCUGGCGUUGCGGCCGUGGCUCCUUCGCUGGACGCCGAGGGCCUCGCCGACGGCUCCCUCGCCCUGGGCGGCCCUGGGCGGAGGAGGCAUCAUCGCCGUCGGUGGGGGGCGAGGGGGGCGAUGCACACCGGAACCCAGGGCUUCCUGGUGCUUCACAGCCCGGUGGUCUCUGGAACUUUGCAGUCGGUCUGGGUCUCCCUGUCUCCUUCCCGUCCCCCUCUGGAAGAAGCCAAGCCAUAGUCCAGCACCGCGGGGUUAUUGGGGGUGGGGCGGGGCGUCCUUUUGUAACGGCCUUAUACAUUACCAAUAAAGCGAUGACUCUCGUCUGUGUUUCUACA